CUGUCAAACUGUACAUUGACGAAUCAAUGUAAAUUGUUUUGUUUACCAAAUCAUAAAGUUCAAUUGCAUUUACUGAGAUCGAAAUAUUAACCGAUUUUAUUAGGAUUCGCUGUGUAUCGUUUGAAAAAUGGUUUAGUCUAAAAUAAGAAUAUAAGCUGAUAAAUUGUUAAAAACCAAAAGAACGAUGACUUUGGUUCAUCGUGCACUGUUUACAUGGUUCAUAAUAUUAGUCUUUUGUAUUUGUCUAUGCUUGAGACUGGAGAAUCGAACACAAUGGAACUAUUUCAUCGUAUUUAUACCGCUUUGGAUAUUUGAUGCAAUUUUAUUAAUUUAUGUUAUUAUAAAAAUUGUUUCGAACUAUCGAUAUUUGGAACCGCUUAAGAAACUUAUCCAGACUUAUCAAUGGACUGUUGCGGUGAUUCUACUGAAAAUAGCAGCCGAAAUUUGUAUUUGCUUAAAAAUUGAAUAUGCACAAUUGAAUCUAUCAAUCUACACAGUAAUGAUACCGAUCUGGAUUUUGUUACCAUCAACCAUUGUCUAUGUAUUCAUAAAUCUGGUUAAACAUGAAUAAUGAAUGGUACAUUAUUUUUUUAGCGAGAAAAACUCAAUCGAUAUUUUACGAACAAAAUACAAAUCAAAACGAAAAUGAAUGUUAAACAAAUAAAUAGAAAAUUUAAACAAGACAAAA